AUAUUGCACUAUUGCAAGCUGCUGUGAGAUUACAUAAAAUACCGCGCUGACAGAUUCAGAAAAUAAUAACAAUCUUAAGCAAAUUGUUAAGUAUAAAAACUGAAAAGGGGAGGAAUUCAAGUUAUACCGUACGGUGCUGUACAUGUAUGUCUCAAUCUAUGCAAUCCAGCGUCCUUAAACGUGUACUGUAUCGUGCUCAUCACGCAACCAAUGUGGGAAACGAUACCUAUUUCAAAACAGUGUGAGACUUGUUGUGUGGUUGUGCGUUUUAAAUUAGAUCCUGGAAAACACCUCAUUCUCAUCGGGUGUCAAUCAAUGCCGAUGACGUCAUGCAAUUGUUGGCCCUGAAAUGAAAACUGUUCUUCAGCUGCUGACAAAUAGUGCCGCAUCGACCUACAGUACACAGACUGGGGUUGUUUAGCUCAUGCACGGCGCGGAUCACAUUUAACAAUCGGCCUUUCCCACGCUGUACAAAAAAAAAUCAGUAUUGUUCGGCCAAUUAUGAGUUUUCAAUUUCCCUUCGACCUGCCUCCCCUCCCCAACGUGAAGAUCCUCUUCCACAGAUCUCUGACGUCAUUGCGGGUCUCCAUCAGCUGCGAAAAAUAAGGGCAAAUGAGUACCAGAUUUCAGUUCCCGAUCCACGUCAUCAAGCCCCGGGUUUUCAGUCUGUCUCUCUAUUUGAUAGCGCAGUUAGUUGGGAUUUCUUGCCAGUACCGCCGCGUAGCUUACAGCCAAAAAAUGAUGGUUUAACAAGAAAUUGAAGCUGCUCCUUCAAGCAUUUACCACUGGGAAACAUGGAGCACCCGCGUCUGUGGAGUGUCCUGUGCUUAAUGACUGUCUGCUACCAGCUAGGGAUGUCAACCAAUAGAUACGGCUGCCUCUUCGAGAAACGUCUGUGUUCGAGACAGGAGCUUUGCACCAAUGAUGGCCUGUUCGGGCAGUGCCAGGAUUCCUCAGUGCGGGAGAGGGUGACGUAUGAAGUGUCUGUCCCUGUGCUCCACCGCCUGCAGGAAGUCCUGAAGCACCUCACCAUGCAGGGCUUGUCGUGGCAGGAUGACAUCACCCAGUACAUCAUUUCCCAAGAGAUGAUCCAUGUCCCUCGUACCUACUCCUCCACUUCACCCAAAGAGGCCUUUUUAGACCAGGUUCCUAAAUCAGCACAAUCCUCUGGGAAGCUGUCCUACUCCAGCUCCAGGUCUCGUCCUGGGCCUGACCGGAUGAAUCCUGCCUUGAUGCAGCGUUACCUUGACUACAUGGUUCUCUCUGACCAGCCCCAGGCUUCUGUGCGCAUGCAGGCCCCGCUCCUUGGCCCUUACUCUUACCCCCAGUAUGCUUAUCAGGAGGAUGAGAGGCCCCUUAGUUCUGUAGGUGGCGCUUAUCUCCGGCCCUCCUCGCGCUCUGGGGGGUACCGUCCUGGUGACAGAGACCGCCAGCUGCUCCAGGACCUCCUUUCUCUCUACCUGUCCACUGGACGGCCCCCCCAGCAGAAGGGGACAACAUCUUCUUCAUUUCACGAGGAGCCCGAUUUCCCACAAGACUAUAACCAGGACUAUGGGCAGAGCUCUGAGGAAACGAGGCAGCCAAAACAUAAGAAGAUCCCUCAGGACUACAGCUCGUUCUCCUCUUUGAAUGAUGCAACCCUGAGGAAAUUAGGAGCUGUGCUGAAAAAUUAUGGAAUCGACUUCCGUGACUUGAGUGACCAGCAACUGAGUAGCCUCUUAACUGCCCUGCAGCUGCUGCAGAACAAGGCGCAGGACACCACAGGUGAUUAUGAAGACAAAGCAGUCAUAAUUGAAAAGACCAAGGUAACUGAAGGGGACAUGACACAUGAAGAUGAGAGGGAGACCGAACCUUCAGACAGGCUUCCGGUUCCACAGCUCGAGCCCCAGCCUGCUGUCACGGGCACCCCCCUCACCCCCUCUGUGGUCCUGGGAAGCAGCUCUGCUGGAGAGGGGGCCAGUGUGUCCAUUGAGGGAGUAGAGAAGAUAAAGAAAAGCUCUAGGGGCUCUGAUCCGGAUUUUGCCAAAGGGUCCUCUCACACCAAGGAGGAGUAUGGCUACAUUGUCACUGAUCAGAAGCCCCUGAGUCUGUUCGAUGGUGUAAGACUGCUGGAAACCCUGGCUGAGAGGAUCCAUCUCACCACCAGCUCUUUUAUCAACAUCAGUGUUGUAGGUCCUGCUUUGACGUACCGCAUCAGGCAGAACAAUCACAACCUCAGUGCGGAGGAUGUGGCCGACAAAGCUGUGGCUGAGAAGACCUUUUUGGAGUCGGAGACUGGGCUCAAGAUCUUACAGACAGGUGUUGGAGAGAGGGCCGAUGGCCAUGGUGUACCUCAGGCCACCCGGGUCCGAGACACCUCACGCUGGGUGUUCCUCACCCUGGUGGGGGUGGCCUGCGUGGGUGGGAUCCUCAUUGCGGCGCUCACCAUUGCCUGCCUGAGACACCACUCCCGCCAGCUCAACGCAGGCAAGCUGGGGCUUGGACCAGAAGGGGGGAGCGACACCCACUUCGAAUAUCAGGCCUCCCAGGAGCUGUGUCGGCAGCACAUGGCUGCCAAGGCCUCCUUCAGCCGCCAGGAGGCAGGGGGCACGGACACGUCGCGGGUCAGCAGCGUGUCCUCGCAGUUCAGCGACGCCCCUCAGGCCAGUCCCAGCUCCCACAGCAGCACUCCCUCGUGGUGUGAGGAACCCGCUCAGUCCAACAUGGACAUCUCCACUGGACACAUGAUACUGGCUUACAUGGAGGAUCACCUGAAGAACAAGGAUAGGCUGUUGAAGGAGUGGGAGGCUCUGUGUUCCUACCAGGCUGAGCCCAGCUCCUGCUCUGCGGCCCAAAGUGAAGCCAACCUUAAAAAGAAUAGAAACCCGGAUUCUGUGCCCUAUGACCACUCUCGAGUGAAACUGAAAGCAGAGAUUAACCCUUCCAGGACAGACUACAUCAACGCCAGCACUAUAAUUGAUCACGAUCCAAGGAUGCCAGCUUACAUUGCUACCCAGGGGCCUCUGUCUCACACUAUCGCUGACUUUUGGCAAAUGGUGUGGGAGAAUGGCUGCACUGUGAUUGUGAUGAUGACUGCUCUGGUCGAAGAUGGGGAGAAGCAGUGUGACCGAUACUGGCCGGAUGAAGGAUCCUCACUCUAUCAUAUUUAUGAGGUCAACCUGGUUUCGGAGCACAUCUGGUGCAAUGAUUUCCUGGUGCGGAGCUUCUACCUGAAGAAUGUGCAGUCCCAGGAGACUCGAACCCUGACCCAGUUCCACUUCCUGAGCUGGCCGGCCCAGGGCAUCCCCACCUCCACCCGAACCCUGCUGGACUUCCGCAGGAAAGUGAACAAGUGCUACAGAGGCCGAUCCUGCCCUAUAAUUGUCCACUGCAGUGAUGGUACCGGGAGAUCUGGGACAUACAUUCUGAUUGACAUGGUGCUCAACCGAAUGGCAAAAGGUGUGAAGGAGAUUGACAUUGCAGCGACACUGGAACAUAUUCGAGAUCAAAGACCAGGCAUGGUGCGCACCAAGGACCAGUUUGAGUUUGCUCUGACGGCUGUUGCUGAGGAGGUGAACGCCAUUCUGAAGGCCCUCCCACAGUGAGCCAUGGGCCACCAUGACAUCUCUACUAUGGAUGCCAGACACCUAACCAAACGUGACCCUCACCAUGCCGAUAUUCCCUCUCCAUGCUCCUACACACACAUACACCCACGUCUGAGCGCCAGACAAAAUCCAUCACUCAUUCACUGAAGAGAAACUGAAUUUCAAGGUGGAAAUGUUGACUGAUCUCAUAACCUCAGUUGAAUUCCUGGAGGUUAUCCUUCCCACACAUCAUUUCGGCAUUGUCACCACUUUCCCAUCUUCCUGGUUUCCAUCUGUGUACCAGCUUUCCAUUCUGAGGCAGUAAUUCUCAAACUUUACUGUACAUGAGCAUCUUCUAUGAUGUUAGAAUUGAGUGGAAUGUAAGUGGAAUACAAAAGUAUCAGGAAUUGUUCUUAAAGGGAGGGAAGGUAAAUUUCUGAAACGUGUACAUUUUUUACUUCAUUUAUCAUUCACAUUAACAUCAUUAACCCAAAAUGCCAUUAAGGUGGUACAGGAAUUCUGCUCUCACUGAGUACAGUAGAAAACACAAAUAUUCUUUGUUGUUCAAUGUCCAAUUUAAAACAUUUCAAAGUACUCCCAGUCCCGUGCCUUCAACUGAUGUGAUUUUAUUUAUAAUAUUGUUUUGUUACAUUGACUACCUGUGGGUAUAAAUAACUUCUUUUGUAUCACAUAUCACCAUGCUUUAUCUGUUCAUGUUAGUUAAAUCGGCAUUGUCAGGGGAGUAAGGUAUUUGACACAUUUUGUCAUUUCUGAAAUCGUCAUGUUCUGCAGUUCAAAGUUUCAAAAGUAAAAUCGCAACCAGCAGGCUUACGUAAAAAAAAAAAAACACCCUGAGUAUUCCUCUUAUCUGUGGUUAAAAACAGCUUUGAACUGCAGGCUCAUCCAAGAAACUUCCAACGCCAGACUCCAGUUAUUACAUUUUAUCUUCAGGGUUACUUGGUAAGUGGUCUCAGCACAGAAGUGAUAUAAUCUCCUCUGAAACCUAAACAGUAUAAAACUCCGGAUAGGGUUAAGGUUAGAUCAUAUCAUUUUCACUGACUUUAUUUAGACAGUUUUACACUGAUUAAAUUUCAGAGGAGGUGAUGCCACCUGGGCCGAGACCAAUUAUACCAAGCAGCCCUGAAGAUAAAAUAAUGAGUUUUCAACAAUUUUUCAUUAUCUUUACCGGAUCUUACCAUUCUUACUUCUACAGUCGUUUUUAACCUUCCGUGUUGUAGGGGGUGUUCAUGUUUCAGAAAACGAGUCCUUCUGAUCAGAUGAGACUUUUAACAUAUGUAUAUAUUUAGAUACACAUGCUCCUACUGUUCAAUAUGAAUAGAGCUGGAACGUGCUACACUGGAUGAGCGUACAUUAUAAAGAGGAGUGACAGCAAAUGUACCUAAAAAUCCUGGUUAUCUGACUUUUUCUCCUGCUUAUCAAAUUCUGAGGUUUUUUUUUUCCAAUUAGAGGGGGAUUUCAAAGGAGAACUAAAUGAGACAUCUUCACUCAUCAUUGUAAUGGUACCGAGCAAGAACUCUAUCCAUAACCACCAAAGUCACAGUUACCAUGAUUACUUCAGAUGGGAAGUCCUUUGUUUGCACUGGGCAAUUAUGUUAACAUAUUUUCUUAAUAUGUAUCUAACAUUUCUGUUUGUCUGUAAUCUUGUCUUUGUAAGAAAUAAUGCAAGUGAACUUGUCUGAUAUUUCUAUUCAGAUUAUCUGGAUCGCUUUAAAAAUAUCUAAACAUCCCAGUAUAAGAAAAGAGUUUUAUGAAUGCAAAUCCCAGCUGUUGAAAGGUAAACAUGAUGUAGGAAACAGCACUGGUAUAGAAAAUGAGUCGCGUUAAUUUCUUAUUCUGAGAUCAGAAGAUUUAUUUUUUAUCAGGUUUUGCACUGGAGCAACGUAAUAUUUAAAAAAAAAAAUAAUGAGUACUAAUCCUGAUAGCAUAUACUGCUCCAGCUGUUGCAAUUCUUGCCCAUUAACUGGCUUACAGUGAAGAAUAAAGGAUUUUUUUCAUACUAAAUGGAUGCUCAAGUUCCCUUUUUAUGUUGAUUCGUGGUUCAGGAGCUUCUAUCCAUAUUCUAAAUUGAAAUCAUUUAUUAUUUCCUCUUUAUAAUGAUAGAAAAACACAAACUUUAUGUAUAAUAUGAACUUACUAUAGUUAAACCACCUUGACAACACAUUUUGCUUGCAUUACAUUACGAAUUUAUUCUAUAUGACUUACAUCAGUGAGAAAUCACUGUUAUUCCUCAUAUUGCUACUAAAUAGGGGAUCAAAAACUGAGAGCUUAAGACUUACAUUUCUUGCCCUACAGAGUACCCAUUGGUACAUAUACAGCUGAACUGCAUUCAUGUACCAGUGUUGCAAAGAAGACUGAGCUGGGUUAAUACAGUGGCUGUCCUACUUGUCUCUUGCAAUUUCACACCCUACUAAUGUGUCUUGAAAAAAAGAGAGCAUCUUUUUUUCUGUGUUAUUAUUAUGAUUGUUGUUAAAAUAUUCUAGUAUGGGCUGUUUCCCUGUAGCAAUCAAGUAGAAAAAAAAUAUAUAAAAAAUCUAUUUUGUAUCUUGAUGUGAAUAAAGUUUGUGGAUUUGUGCAACUGCA